AUGAUCCUCUUCUCUCUCUUCUGGCAGAGACUGCUGUUUCUGCUGUUGACAUUCGUCUCCCUGAGCUCUUUGGUUCACGCGUGGGCACAAUUCAGUCCAUGGAGUAAUCAUAACCGACUCUGGCCCAACGGGAAGAUUUCUAUCUGCUUUGAUUCUGCCGCAACCGAGCGCAAGUUUAAAACUCUGCUUAAUGCAGCCAUGGGACUGUGGUAUGCUGCGGGCCUGCCCGAGAGCUUCAAGUUACACCCAACCUCAGAGGUCAUCUGCAAAAAUGGGAUCUACGAUGUCUUGACGGUCCAUGACACCCCUAGCAUGUUUGUCACCAACAUGCCAAACCCGGGAGAAACGCUCAGACCUUACGCCAUGUACCUUUCCACUCCAUCGGGCUGGGGCGAAGCCCUCAUCAUAGGGUCCAUUGCGCACGAACUCGGGCAUGCAUUCGGGCUCGAACACGAGCACCAAGAUCCCGCUCUAUGGAGGGUAACUGAUCAAGGGCCCUGGAUCUUUGAAUUCCACUGUAGAAACCUGGCAGACUUUGAAGAGAAGACGAAGGGGAAAACUGAGGCAGAGAUCUGGGACCUGAAGGUCUGUGUUGCAUUGAAUUUUCUGCCGUAUCCAAGGGACAUCAUCGGACCACGUGAGCUUUGGCCACACAUCGACGACGUCGAUUGGGAAUCGAUCAUGCUAUACUCGUCUACCACCGGCGGAAUACUAAGAAAGGGCCCUGUUUUGACUACGUACGACGGCAAAGUCUGGAAGGCAAACACCGUACCUUCUGCUAUAGAUGUGGCUGGAUUGGUAGAGAUGUAUAACUCGCCGCUUGCCAACAACUGGGAGCCCUUUUGGCUUGAUCCAAGAAGCCCUCAUUUCGAAUUGUUUCAGUAA